AUGACCGACGCGUUUCCCAUUGCCUUGGUGGGGCCAUCCUCUAAAGAGAGGAAGUAUGACCGACAGCUGCGUCUAUGGGCGGCCAGCGGCCAACAAGCGCUCGAGCAGUCGCGAGUGCUGCUAGUGAACUCGGAUGGUGCUAUUGACGGCAGAAAUACUACAGUUGGAGGUGUUGCUGGUGUCGAAACACUGAAGAACCUAGUCUUGCCUGGGGUGAGCGGCUUUACGAUUGUUGAUCCCGCUAUCGUGACCGAGGCCGAUUUGGGUGUGAACUUUUUUCUCGAGGAAAGCAGUUUAGGCAAAUCGCGAGCACAGGAAACAUGCGCGUUUCUUACGGAACUGAAUCCGGACGUGGCUGGAGACUAUAGAUCUGAGCCAAUAUUAGAGCUUCUGAAGCAACCCGAUUUCCUUUCCGAUUAUAAAAUAGUGGUUGUUUCUGGCCCUAUAAAACGAUCCUCCCUCGAUGCUCUCACCGAUGCUGCUGAGAGCCUCGGCAUCCCUCUGAUCUAUGUACGCUCUGUCGGUUUUUACUCCGUCUUCUCAUUACAACUUCCCUCCGAAUUCCCUAUUGUCGAAACACAUCCAGACCCCGAGUCUACGCAAGACCUGCGUCUGCUCAACCCAUGGCCUGAGCUGCACUCGGCAGCUUCAGCAAUUACGAACCUUGAUGCACUAGAUGAUCAUGAUCACGGCCACGUGCCUUAUAUCCUUAUAUUAUUACACUACUUGGAUAAGUGGAAAGCUGAACAUGGUGGCAAAGCACCAGAGAAUUAUAAAGAGAAGACUGCCUUCAGGGAAUACGUCAGGGCCGGGGCAAGAACAAAUACACCAGAGGGGGGCGAGGAGAAUUUUGAUGAAGCCGUUGCGGCCGUCCUCAAGAGCAUCAACCCUUGGUCAUUGCGAAGCAAUAUCCGCGAAAUAUUUGAGAUGGAUAAAUGCAAGAAUCUGGACGCGGAUUCCGAUAAUUUUUGGAUCAUCGCUUCUGCACUGAAAGAAUUCUACACAAAACAUGCCGUUCUCCCCCUUCCCGGAUCGCUACCCGACAUGAAGGCAAAGUCCGCAGAUUACAUUGCCCUACAAAACAUCUACAAAAGCAAGGCAAGCGAGGAUAUAAAGGAAGUUCUAGACACUGUUCGUGCCAUAGAAACACGACUAUGUUCACGAACCGUGCCCAUUGCAGAGAAAGAAAUAGAGGUCUUUUGCAAGAAUGCAUCUCACGUGAAAGUAAUUUGUGGUCACCGAAUACCUCAUAUCACCAUUGAUGCCAGUCAAACGCUCAAGGCCACCCGCUCAAACUUCGGAAACCCGGAUUCCGUGAUCUCGGUCUAUGUCGCCUUCGAGGCUCUAGACGCUAUUGUCGAUGGCAUCCAGAAUGGACGUCUACCCGCCACAGCCCUAGACGAUGACGCUACGUGGGAUGCAACUAUUGAACGAUUACUACUCACAAUUGCAGAAGACGAGAAGUCACUGAGUGAGGAUGAGGAUGUGCGCGAUCGUGUAAGCAAAGCAGCCAAGGAGUUGCGUCGCACCGAAGGGGGUGAAUUGCACAAUAUUUCCUCUCUGACUGGUGGAUUGGUCUCCCAGGAAGCUCUCAAAGUGUUGACCAGGCAUCGCAGUGAGAUGUUUCGGCUAUGA